GUGACUACAUGCAAUUCAGGCAAAAGAAUUACCUCUAAGACUGCAAGCAACAUAAAAUCUGACCGGGUUCAAUCACAUAGACAACUUAGCGAACUGCAAUCCAGUACAAAUGUUCUUCGUGGUUCAUUAACAAUGGACAAGAUGGUCUCACUUUCUUCUAAUAUAAGAGGCAGUCCACUUAAAACAAGUUCAACUCCCAAAAGCAUGGCAUACAGGCUCCCAGCAACAUCAUCAGUUCUCACUCGAUCUGCUCAGAGAAGUUCAAAAGAGAUCACCACCAUUAGUCGAUUGAGAAAAAUCAGUGUAGAUAACAGGAGCUGUGAUGGAUUUGGUCAGCGGUCUUUGGGGUUGAGUGGCCACCAUAGGCUUCCAAAGAGUAGAGAAUCUGGAAACCAGAGACCAAAAGUCAUGUUAAAAAAUCUUUCUGACCGGAAUGAAUCAAAUCAGAACACUGGACUUGAGUGUGGAUCCAUCAGUUCUGUCAAAGGAGAGAAGCAGAAAAAGGGAAUCGAUGAAAUCGUUGCUGGACCUGAACCGAAACCUGGCUCAUCUAAGGGGACUAGUAUUCAGAGGGCAUCUAAUCUAAAGCCCAUGAAUAAGAUUGCCAAAUCCCAGUCUGUCGACCUGAAGUGCAAACCGAGGGAUUCAAGACAGAGGAUGCCAUCACGCGUGCAGAGGAUGCCAAUUUGGCGAUGAGUGUUUAACAGGUGGAGGGAGUUGAGGUCAUGUGAUGUUCACAGCUUACUGAAUCGUAAGUCUUGGGGGAAUGUGCUGAACUGCAGAUUUCAGGAUGUUCACAGCUUUCUGAAUCAACAUGGCUAGGCAGAAGGCUAUUAGAUAGGAAAUCUUGAUACAGGAAGUAGAAUAACUGCAUGACGAGUAAACAGCAGAUCUGUAAAUAAGAAAUUUUCCAUUCUCAAAGGCUUAUAUAUGUAAGUGGAAUUAGUUUCACGGUAUAAAUUGUGCUUCUACACAUGAAUGAGUUCUUAUUUUGCAGCUA